UAUGAUUUUAUUAAUCUUCACUAUUUUAUCUACGAAUUCGUUCUUCUACCAGUUAUCCCUCAAGCCGACAUCCCAUUGGAGCAGCCCAACGGCCCACCCACAGUUUAUCUGGCCCUUGGAGGUCGUGGAAGCCUACCAUGCCAGUUCACAGCCAACCCACCCGUACAGCUGAUAGAGUGGGCACACAAUACAUUUGAAACCGACGUAGAUUACGUUAAUGUACGCGAAAUAGAUGAGGAACGACAUAAGGAACAGAUCAUUUCCCUACUACCCCACAAGCGCAGGGAGCUGAGGCAGGCGGCUCAUCUACUACAGUACAUUCUGCCGGAAGAUACUACGCUUUGCGCCAGCCAUCAAAAUGAGGACACUCAUUUUAUCAUAAUUUGGGCUUAUUUUCACUUCACUGCCUAA